CGUGUCUGAGCGCAGUCGAUCUCUGUGACAAGAUCUCUAAACUUCAGCUGCUCGUCACAUGUGCAAGAUGAGAAGAAGACACUUACUUGGAAUACUUUUGUUUUUGAAAUAUUGCAUUUGCGUUGAUGUGAAGGACUUUGAUGGAUACAUUAAGGACUUUGUAGUUGGUAACAGUAAGUUGUUUGUUCUUACUGACCAUCGACUUCAUCAGAUGAGACACGAUCUAUAUGAGGAGAAGAGGAAAGACAUCACUAAAGCCCCUGACCUGAACACAGUCAACAUUCUGGUGCCUUUUGAUGCGAACGGCACCCUGAUAACGUGUGGGACUUUUGAAGAAGGGUAUUGUGAAGUUCUUGAUAUAAAUGAUAUUACAAACAUUACUUACUGUGAAAGUAAUAUAUUGGUAGGACCGAAAUGGAAUGAGAAAUAUGUUGCCUUCAUAGCCGGUACAAGUAGCAGUAGGUACCUUGUAGUUGGGAAAAAGGGUCACGAUAAAUCCGCUCAAGAUAGGUAUUCUGUUGUUACCUUAUGGAACACUUUAGAUUCUCAACCAGGAGGGAUUUUCUCAAAAAUAAUUCAAGGAUCAUAUGCCAUCAUUGAGAGCACAUUGAGAGAUGUGGAGUUUGUUGAUGGAUUCCAGAGAGUUUCACCCUCAGAAUCAUAUUUAUUUCUCAAUACAAAGACUGAAAAUGAGAGGAAAGUGCUCGUCCUGAGGAUGGACAGCUCUAAAGAGAGAAAGUCAGAAAUCCUCAAAUCCCUGCAGGCUUCAACGAUACGAUGCUGCAGUGAUAAAGUUCGUCCAGUGCUCGUCGCCAGCACCGUUAUUCCCUCAGUGAACGAUGUUAUUUGGGCAGGUGUGUUCAGGGCACAGAAUCAGGAGGAUCCGGAGAACAGCGCGCUGGCUCUUUACGACAUCAGUAACGUUCGAGGCCAGGUCAAGGGUUUCUGCGCUUACGGUGAAAAGUUAUGUGGUUCUGAGAGUGGUGGUGAACUUCAGCCGCUCUCUGUGGUGUUCAAGUACAGCUCAAUGUCAGCAGUGGCAGCAACGAGGAAUGAAUCCAGGAUUGUGCUGUUCAUAGGAACCAGGGAUGGACAACUCAUAAAGUUAGUGUUGGAUGAGAGAUAUACACCAGGCUGUCCAACAGUGCUGUUCAAAUCUGAUGAAGAACGAGCAGUGUUUCCCAGAAUGCACUUUGAUCCAGUAGAUUUCAAACACAUCUACAUUGCUCUGAAGAAACAGCUAAGAAGAGUGUCCGUUAUUCAGUGUGCUAAAUACAGCACUCUGAAAGACUGCAGAGCUGCUCAGGAUCCUCUCUGUGGCUGGUGUGUGAACACUCAAAGUAGUUGUUCUCCUCAAGAUGAAUGCUCAAAUACUUCAUGGGUGUCCAUCCCAAAAAACUCUCUUGAGACACAGCUGUUUUCUUUUCAGUUGACAGAGAAUUCUUCUAGAAAGAUUACUCUACAUCUUUCCUUGAGUCUGGAGAGCACAGGAAAUCCUGCCUUCUCAUGUUCCUUCACUAAAGAAAGUGUAAACCUGUGUGAUGGCUCUGAUCUGUCUGCAGUCUUCCCAAACUGCUCCUGUAGUUUUUCUGACCAGAUGCUCUAUACUGGAGGUUUAAAAGUCUCUGCUACUGUUACUGUUGAGGAUCAGAAGAUCACAGAGAUGCUGACACUGAGGAACUGCUCCAGUAUCACAGAUCAUUCAACAAAUGCUACUUAUACACAGUGUGUUCAGUGUGUAUCAUCUGGCUGUCACUGGUCCUCUUCCUCUCAGCGUUGUGAUUGGACACUUGGACCUGGACCACAGUUAAACAUAAAGGAUGCAUGUAAACAUCUGCUCUCUGAGAUUGACUACAAAAUCAGCUUUGGGAAUUCGUGUCUUCACAGAAUGAGUGAAAAUACAAACUAUUUCUGCCUCAGUCCACACAAAUCAUUUGGUCAAGUAUAAAGUAGUAAUAGAAACAAUUCCGGUUUCCCACAGCAAAAAUCUGCAGAAUAAAAAAGACUGGGAGAGCAUGAUUUGCUAUUUACUAAUAUACUAAUUAUUUUGGAUUUAAUGUAAUAUCCAGUCUGUUUUUCCUGUUCUUCUUCUCCUUCUUUUUAAUGUUCAAUGGCGGUUGGCAUCCAGCAUAAUUGGUGCAUUACCGCCACCCUCUGCUCCGGAGUGUGGAUCAGAAAACAGGUUCAUACAUUAAUUUACCCCAUUCCCUCCUACUCCCCAAUCAUAUACAUCCACACACUUCACCAUUAUUCUACUCUAUUAUAUUACUAAUAAUAAUAAUAAUAAAAUAAAUAAAAAAAGGAAUAAUAAUAAUAGUUAUAACCUUCCUCAAUACUCCUAUGACUCUUCACACUCUAUUAUAAACCCCUGUAUCCCUUAAGAAACCCAUCAGAGUUCUGGUCUGUGCCCUAUGUUGAGUGCUCAAUCGCCCUUUUAAUGUCAUGUCCUGAACCUCUAUCUCUCUCAACUUAUUCCUCAUCAUCUCUCUCUGAACAUCAUACCUGCUGCACCUCAAGACCACAUGCUCCACUGACUCCUCUUCCUUGCAUACUUCACACAAUCCCGUGUCAUGUUUACCUAUCAACUUUAGUGUUUUAUUUAAUAAACAAUGUCCCAAUCUUAACCUAAAGAUGACCGUUUCCUCUCUGCUAUUUCCACUUCCAAUCACUGUACACUUAACAUCCCCCUGGAUUUGAUAUAAUUGCCUUCCUUUUCCCUCUCUAUCCCACCUCUCUUGCCACAUUUGAUUUACUGUCUUCCAUAUCACACUUUUAACCUCUGCUUUGCUGAUACUGACUUGCAUUUCUAUAUUUCCUUUUAAUAAUGCUGUCUUGGCGAAUUUAUCUGCCAGUUCAUUUCCCCUUAUCCCUUCAUGUCCUGGUACCCACACAAAUUGUAUCUGCCUUCCUUGAUUAAAUAUUCUCGUAACUGACUGUAGGACUUCAUAUAGUAUGUCUUGCCGACUUUUUGAAUAAAAUGACCUUAUACUUGCUAACACUGACGAUGAAUCUGCUUAAAAAAGCUAAUUUUUCCUGUUCAGUGAGCACUGUGAUUUACAUACUGUCAGGGAAUCAUUUAGAUAUAAUGCCCUGUUUACACAAAGGUAUAAAAAAGUAUGCCUGGGAGAUCAGAAGGAUAAUAUUACUCCUAUCUCACCUCUCUGACUGGUCAGAAAUCCUGUGUCAGAUACUGUGUCGCUGUUCUCUAAACAGCAGGUGGUGCUGUACGUGACUUAUUAA